GCUUCAAGUGUCUACACACAAAUCACAAAACCAAAACAACCAAAAUCAACAUGAAAUUCUUCGCCGUCUGCUUCUUCGCUGUUGUGGCUGUGGCUUCGGCCAAGCCGGGUAUUUUGGCCGCCGCUCCUUUGGCCUAUACCGCACCUGCUGCUGCUGCUGUCGUCGGCAGCGCUGCCUAUGUGGCACCCUAUGCCUCCAGCUACUCCGCUCACCAGGUCGCCCACAGCGCCGCCUUCCCAGCUGCCUACACCGCCGCCUAUACCGCACCCUUCGCUGCCGCCGCCUACACCGCUCCAGUUGCCACCGCCGCCUACACCGCACCAAUUGCCGCUGCCUACACCCGCUAUGCCGCCCCCGCCCCUCUGGCCUACACUGCACCCCUGGCUGCACCCCUGGCCGCUGCUCCCGUGCUGCUGAAGAAGUAAAGCGCAAAUAUGUGACCAUUUGUUGAGAUCCUGUGUAAAUAAAGAUUUCUAGAUAUGCUCGAAAAAAACUGAAAAC